UGUGAACACUUUCGCCCGGUUACGAUGAGUUUGUUAUUACUUCUGUCCGGUUUCGUUGAUUAGCGGAAGUAUAGUGUAGUCGUCACGUGACAUACUGGUUUCUAUCAUUGUAUUUGCAAUGUCUACAUCGAGUUAAGUGAAAGACACUAAAUAGUCAAAAUGCCAAUGAUUGAAGGCUUCGGAGAUGAGGUGACAUACGCCAUGAUGAUAAUGUUUGCUGUCAUCCUCAUAACGGCGUGUUGGUUGUCAACUCAGUUACGCUUUAUCCCUUUUGUUAAUGUGUUUGUCCUUGAGUCGAUGCAAGACUUAAUUUUCACCAACGUCCAACCCAGCCAUGCUGCAGUACAUGUCACUGCGGAACCACCGCUUCAACCAAGCGAACCGCUCGAAGAAGUUUCUCCAACACCUGUCUUGGUGCGGAGUGCUGAAACUACCAGUGCAGAGACGGCAAAGGACGACACGACAGAGAACUCUUCAGAAAGUAAUUUAUUGGAAGAUGCUGACAAAGAUUCAGAAAAUCUUGCUUCGAAUGAAGAUGAGGAAGAUCAAAGUGAAUCUGCAUCAGCUCAAGUAAAUGAGAGUUCGGUGAGCAGUGAGCAGAAUUCUUCUGAGACUGUGGCAGAAGAAGAAAAAGAAGAAAGGAAAGAGAAACAAGUAAAAAUAAAGCUGAUGUAUUUGAACAAUACUCAGCGCAUUGUUGAUGCAUAUUUAUCUGAUACAAUUGGAGCAUUUCGACAGUCACAUUUUAGAAAAGAACUUUCAGAUAACAAAAUGGUACGCUUCAUCUUCAACGGGAAAGCUCUUGGUAAUGAUACUUCCACGCUGAGUUCAUGUAACGUGAAGGGAAAUUCCAUUAUCCAUUGUUUGAUUACACCUUCCCUUGCUCGUCGAAAUGAGGAAUCGACAUCAAAUCAAGCCGGUGCUGCGUUUGUACCUCCCCCAAUAAAUGAGGGGAGACAAGAGACAUUUAUAGAGAGGGUCGUUUAUCCAUUCCUUAUUAUUCUCUUUGCUAUUAUUUGGUAUCAACAAUUUGCAUUUGAAGACUCAUUCAUUUAUAGUAGCAUCAUGCCUCUUCUUGGUGUUGUUCUCUUCCUGCUCGCCAUGUCUUUGGCAUUUUUUCGUGCCAUUCGCUUCCGGGCAAUUCAACAGAUAUAAAGAAU